AUGAGGAUUUUCAUAGCCUUUGAGGGAUCUUUUGAAUCGUUUGAAGUUUCAGCAGAUGAAACCGUGCAGGCUGUGAAGCUGAUGAUAAAGGAUUAUUUCCGCAUUCCUGUCUCUGAAGACGAACAAGGCAGGCGGUAUCUGGAGCUGAGGUAUGCUGGAGCAGCCCUGGAGGACAGCUGGAGUCUUGCUGAUGUUGGAAUAUCUUUUUGUUCAACUCUCAAAUGCUUUGUUAAGGAAGAAGACAAGCCCACUCUCUACGUGUUCAAUGCUGUUACCCAAGAGACUAUGUGGAUAAUGGAGAACGCUUCCCUUCUUGGUAAAAAAGUGUCCGAGCUGAGAACGCUGAUCUCUUUGAGAUGCGGCUUCCCCGUGAGUGUCUUCUGUCUCCGGACCCCGAGGGGACUGGAGAUGUACGACUGCAACACCCUCAGGGACUAUCAGGCUGACACCGGCACAACGCUCCGCUUGGACGUCUGGGACGGAUGGAAGGAAUUUCUGAUGGGUUGUCUCCUCGGACAAAAACUUAAAGUCCAACGCUAUUUAUCAAACGAAAAACUGGUACUUAAGUAUCAGAAGAGGGUGGCCCUAUACAUCGCCGCCUUUUAUGGCUACAUUGAGCUCACCGAGUGGGCCCUGAAGCAGGGUGCGCAGCCCAACCAGGCAGUCGGCGCCCACCCCUACAGAGCGUGGUGCCAGGAAGCCCUGCAUGCAGAUGUCUCUAAGUGUCCCGUUCAUGCAGCUGCAGAGGCGGGCCAGCUGUUAAUUCUGAAGGCCUUUGUCAACUCCAGUGUGCUGUGCCUGGAAUGCAGAGAUGCUGCGGGACAAACUCCGCUGGCCAUUGCCUUCAAGCACAAGCAUAAAGACUGCGGGUUAUAUUUACUUAGUAAAAUGUGGUCCACAGUUUCCUUUCUGAAGAUUUCAGUCCCCAUGAGGAUCUACAUUAAAAUAAAACAGUGGGUCCUCAGAGCUCAGAGUCGCAACCUUUACAACACCCGGCUUUGUGGAGCCAGGGUCUCUGGGGCCAAAGUGGGAGACACUGUGAUGGUGGAUGGUUUCACCAAACCCAAAAUGACCUCCAAGAGCUGGCAUAAGGCUGAGAACAAGGACUGCCAGAGCACGGUGGGCAAGCUGCCGCCUCUCAAGGAACAAACUGCAAGCAAGAAACCCAUCAAUCCUUUGGCAAUUCCCCAGCAGGACACAAGAGAACAAACCCUCAGAUUUCCUCAACUGGCAGAUACAAAUACAUUCUCUGAAUUACAAAGACGUCAACAACAAAAUCGGAAAAAUAUGAUUGCCACAUCUAGAAAAAAAGAAAAGUUCAUAAAAAAUGCCUAUCUUCCCCAGGUCCCCCUCCCUCCGGUUUCAAGAGUGGGCUAUUCACACCCAUCUUUUUACUAUGCAGCACCCAGAGCUGACUUCCUACUCAGCUCCUCCUUCACAUCGUUUUCUGAGCACAGUGGGAGAACUCCGAGGGAAAACGCCAUCCACUGCUUAGCUGUGGCCAGUGCUUUUAAAGAGAAACGAUGGCUUCAGCAGCUAGGAAUAGCAAGAGUCCUGGCCAAAAAGAGCAUCUCUAACCUGACUACCCAGGGAGGACAGACAGCACGUGAAAAUCCUCUGGAAACUGCACAAGAAAAGUCAUCACAACCCCAGUUUGGGUGAAGAACUGGCUAAAUAGAACCUCCAGUUCUAAUGUUAAAUUUUUAGUAACAAUCCUAAUGCUAUACUUUCUAAUCACAGGUCUAACGCUACAUAACUGUCAACAGGAUAUUUCAUGUUAAAUACCAUGUUUUCUUGGACUUACCACUCUAAGUGGAAAUUUGGGGCAUUUGUUUUUGGAUUAAGAGCCUGAGGAAGAAUUCAUAAAAACUGAGAAUAGUAGUUGCCUCCGCAGUAGGGAAGCUGGGAGGAUCAGAAACAAAGACAGAAAUAAGAAUUUUUACUGUUUCUCCUCCCGCCCCCUAGGGUUUGCUUGAUUGUUUUGGGUUUUUUUUAAACCAUAUGAAUACAGUGUAUAGUAAAAAAUAAAAGUAAAAAAAUUCUACAUAGGGACAGUUCCUAGGAGAGUUACAAAUACCAUCUAAGUCUAGUACUGGUCUCAGACAUCUUUUGAACACCUGCUAAAACAUUGCUUUCUAUUCAUUGUCUUAACUGAGGUAAAGUUUGCAUACAGUGAGUUGCACAGGUCUUACAUGUAAGAUUCAAUUGAGAGAAAAAAAAGAUUCAAUGACUUUGACAAAUACAUGCAUCUGUGUAGCCAAUAUUCCGAUCAAGAGAUAGACUAAUUCCAUCACUCCAGAAAGUUUCUUUAAGCGUCUAUCCAAGUGUAUCCCAGCCCCCAAUAGGCAACCGCUAUUCUGCUACCUCCAUAAACAGAUAAUCUUUCCCAGUCAGAGGAAUCAUUUAGCUGCUCACUAUUGUCCCUGGGUUCUUUCGCUCAGCUUAAUGUUCUGAGGUUCAUUUACAUUGUUGCAUGUCUCAUUAGGGCAUUCAUCUUUAUUACUCAGUAGUGUGCCAUUGUAUGGAUGGAUGCACUAUGAUUUAUCUGCUCAACUGUAUGGACUUUGGGUUGCUUCAGGUUGGGGGAUAUUACUAAUAAAGCUGCUAUGAACACUGUUGUAA